AUGUCCAUUUCCGUUUUUCGCCGGCUAUACCGGCUAACCGUCUUCGCCACAAUUGUUCUUCUGAGCAGACACGCUUUUGCGGCCAUUGAUUUUGAACCUUGUUAUGUCACGGGUUCAGCAGGCAACGGCAAUUUACAAGCCCAGUGCGCCACCUGGACACGACCACUGGACCCUGCUGAUCCAGAUGGUCCUAGCGUACAGCUGUUUGUCACAAAACUCGCAUCAACCGCGUUACAACCGGCGGCGGAUGCCUUCACCAUCAUCAAUGGUGGGCCCGGCGCAUCUUCUGUACAGAUGAUGGUCGACCUGGCGCCUGUGCUGCAGGCCUUCACCCGAGAACGCGACGUAGUGGUUAUUGAUCAGCGCGGCACCGGCGACUCAGCCCCCCUGGUCUGCCAGGCACUGACAGAUUCAACGGAAAUUCUCGACGCCGAGCAAACUGUUGCGCUGACCCAGGACUGUAUCGACAAGCUGCCCCACGACCCACGUUUUUUUUCAACCACUGUUGCCGUCGAAGAUCUGGAAGCGCUACGAAUUGCGCUGAAAUAUGAGCAACUCAGUGUCUACGGAGUGUCUUAUGGUACCCGCGUCGCCAUGCAGUACAUGCGAACGUAUCCGGAAUCAUUACGCAGCGUUGUUAUCGACGGCGUCGUGCCGCCAACAAAGGUGUUGGGUGAAAACGUUGCGCUGAACAGCCAGCAGACGCUGGACGGUUUGUUUGACCGAUGCCAACAACACCCUAGCUGCGGCGUUCAGUUUCCGAAUCUUGCAGAAGAUUUUGAGCGCCUGCGCGAAAGACUGCGUAACGAUCCGGUAGCAAUGAACAUACAACACCCGGUCACCGGGUUAACAACGGACAUCGAAGUCGGCUACGGUCACCUUGCAGUGUGGAUCAGACUGGCGCUGUAUGCCCCUGCAACAAGCGCGCUGAUACCACUGAUCAUUGAUGAGGCCGCCAACGCCGGGAAUUUUCUACCGAUUGCGGCUUCAGCCCUACGUAUGCUGCAUCAGUUAAACGACAGCAUGAAUUACGGUAUGCACAACGCAGUGGUCUGCACCGAAGAUGCGCCGUUCUUCGAUGAUGCUGAAGUCGACUUCGAACGCCUGGAAAAAACCUACCUGGGUCGCGAGAUGUACGACACGCUGAAAACCAUGUGCUCUACGUGGCCAUCAGGCGUGAUAGACAAAGACAUGAAGCAGCCCUUAGUCAGUAACGUGCCGACACUUGUUUUAUCAGGCGAGUUCGAUCCGAUCACACCACCAGCGUAUGGCGACGCUGUCAUGCCGGGUUUAUCCAAAGCCAAACAUAUCGUCGCACCCGGUCAGGGGCAUGGCACUAUUGCACAGGGAUGUAUCCCGCGGCUGAUUCUGGAAUUUGUAGAAAGCGCUGACCCCAACGAGAUUGACGCAAGCUGUGUAGAACACCUGGGCACCUACCCCUUCUUUGACAGUCGCAUCACCGCGCUGCUCGGACCGAAUGGCGCCGGCAAAUCGACGACGUUGCGCAUUCUAUCGACGGUCGCGGAACCUGACGUCGGCAAAGCAAUGGUUGCGGGUUUGGACGUCACCACUCAUCCCAUGGCUGUGCGCCGUCAACUGGGCGUGCUACCGCACAACUCAGGCCUCUACGCCCGCCUAACCGGUAUUGAGAAUAUCCGCUACUUCGGGCGCCUGCAGAACUUGAGUAAACAGGAGCUGGAACCGCGGAUCGAGGCUCUGGUUGAACAACUUGAUAUGAAAGAUUUCUGCGCCAGACGAACCGCGGGUUUCUCGCAAGGACAGAAAAUUAAAGUUGCCCUGGCACGCGCGCUGAUUCACGACCCCCAGCAUGUUGUAUUGGAUGAGCCAACCAACGGGCUUGAUGUGAUGGCAACACGGGCGCUGCGGAAUAUUAUUCGCAGGCUCAAAGAAGCUGGCAAAUGUGUGCUGUUCUCCAGCCAUAUCAUGCAGGAAGUAGAUGCCCUGUGUGACGAUGUUAUUGUCAUCGCGCAUGGUCAGGUCAAAUUUGACGGCACCAUCGCCGAGUUGCGUGCCCACGCAGGCACCGAAGAUCUCGAAGAGGCUUUUGUCCAGCUGGCCGACCUGAGCGAGGACAGCGAAGGAUGCGCAACCUAUGCGCCUGAACUGAUGUCAUACCUGCGACAACAGAAUACUGAUAUCAAAGAGGUGACAGCAGAAGAACCCAGGGAUCUGGUGGUCAAUGGUGAUCACAAGCUGGUAUUGGUAAUUAACCCCGACUACGCAGAGCGCUACGCCCGCGGCAACGUCAACACGCUGAUGCUGAUUCACGACAGCAGCGAAAUCUCAUCUACCCGACGCAGCCUCGGCCAGCUUCGCGGUCUGAUUGGCCAGUACAGCCGAACGAUUGGUACUUUGCGGUUGUGGCUACGUGGUCUAGACCCCAGCAUCAGUAACCCGAUAAGCACCCAGGAACUGGACGUUGCUUCUCCAGCAGCGCGGGCGCUGACCAUUCUGGCAUCACUCCCCUACUUCCUGGUACUGGCCAUUUUUAUGGGCGGCUUUUACCUCGCCAUUGACACCACCGCCGGUGAACGGGAACACGGCUCGUUAGAACCUUUGUUAACCCAACCCGUUGAGCGUGCGGAGCUGGUGCUGGGUAAAAUUGCCGCCACCUCAGUGUUUGGCACCCUCAGCCUGCUGGUGUUUUUAAUCAGUUUAUAUUUUGCUGUGCCCUUUGUACCGUUCGAACGGAUCGGCAUGGCGCUGGAGAUAGGCUUAACCCAGAUCUUAUCGAUUCUGGUGAUCUCGAUUCCGCUGAUCUUUUUUGCCGCGGCUCUGCUUACAGUGGUGGCCUCGUUUGCAAAAAGCUACAAAGAGGCGCAGACCUAUUUGACGAUCGUUGUGCUGGUGCCCACGUUGCCGUUGAUUCUGGCGCAACUCCUGAACAUCGAAAACAGUCUGACCGUCAUGCUUGUGCCGAGCUUGAGCCAGGCAAUUCUGAUGGCGGACCUGAUCAAGGGCGAGCCCGUGGCUAUCACCAAUGCACUGACCUCCAUGACAACAACCAUUGUGGGUGCGGUGCUACUGGCCCCUUCACCCGCUGAUCCGCAAACCGACAUGUUACACCCCUCAACCUCAUUGGCCUAUCUGUCUGCUGUGACAAAAACGCUUAAGUUUGGCACCGGCAUUACCUUGAUUGCGCAGCGUAACCCACUGGUACUGGCCAAAGAAAUCAGCAGUCUGGAUGUUUUAAGCAACGGCAGACUGUUGUUUGGUGUUGGGGCCGGAUAUCUGCAUCAGGAAUUUGAUGCCUUAGGCGUUGACUUUGCCUCUCGAGGUGCACGUACGGAUGAGUACAUCGAUGUGUUGCGUAAUAUGUGGUGUGCGGAAAAGCCCAGCUUCCAGGGUAAAUUCAUCAACUACGACAACAUAGACGCACAACCACGCCCGGUUCAAACCGGUGGCCCGCCCGUCAUAAUUGGUGGCGCGAGCCCCGCUGCUAUGCGGCGCACCAUCACCCAUGGCAACGGUUGGUAUGGCUUUGCUUUGGACGUUGCAGCCACCGCCAAAGCGGUUGACGCAAUUAAGCUUGCCCAGGCACGCUACCAGAGACCGGAAAACCUCGGUGAAAUUGAGCUGUCACUGACGCCGCCCAAACCACCGACAAAAUCGAUGAUGGAAGACUACGCAGCCCUGGGUAUCCAGCGCUUGAUACCGAUGCUGGGUUUCUAUAAAGAGGAUAAUAUCCUCAGCGAACUGGACAGGUUGGCCAACGAGCUUCUUUAG